AUGGCUCCCUCUGGCACUGAGGCACUUGCUUCUGAGACCCCAACCUUAUUGUCAUCACAAUUUCACCCUAGCACCGAUAAUUCAUUGUUUCUACCUAGCACGCCCAGCACUCCCGCCAUGGAGGUCGAUGCUGACGGAGAGCCCAAAGAUGAUGAAUCUGUGUGCCACUCUGACCAGGACGAACUGGCUGAUGAUGAAGAAGCUUCUGCUGAUGAUUCUUCACCUCCUCCAUCUGCCGAGGCUGUUCCAAGGAAAGGCUACAAGGACUGCCUGCCUGCGCUCCCACAGCUCUGCUCAGUGCCGACCAUCUUGGCUGAGGAGAAGGCUGCCUCUGCUGCUGCGAGACUCAAGAAAGAGCCUAAGGAGCUGGGCAAAAAAGAGCUGGCCCCUACUAGCCGUACAUUGAAAAUUCUGCCGAGUCGCUUCAAUCUGGUUACCACUCGCACUUUCAAGUGCACUCACAUUAACGAUUUGGAGCCUGAGAGCAAGCACUUCUGUGUGCUGCCUGAAGAGCCCGAGGUCACCACAUCAUCGAAGAUGAAGUCGUCGAAGGGCAAGAAGUGCACGAAGGGUUCUGCUGCCAUGUCCUCAUCGAGACUGGCUGCCACUGAUGAGUCCCUGGCCACUGUCACUGCUGAAUGUGAUGAGCUGCGGACAUGCCUUUCUGCGACCAUGUCGCAGUUUAAUCUUCUUCUCCAAGGUUCGCAAAAGAUGGCCGCGAACAACCACAAGUUUCUUGGUCACAGGUAG